CCCUCCCCCCCAUCCCAGCUCCUCCCGCUGCCCCUCGGACCCAAAGGAGUGGAAGCUGCGCGCCGCCUACAGCAAACCCCUUAUAUUAGGAAUAAGAGCAGUAAUUGAUAUGAACAGCAUUGUAAGAUGAAUUAGUUGAAGUGUUUUUUUUUGUACCGUGUUCUAAAUUUAAUGGAUAAAUGUGUCUUGUAUAUAAAAACAAAAACCCCAACGCCGGCCCCGAGUCCUCAUUUCCGCGCCUGCCCUGCCCCCCUUUCCCCCCCAUUGGGGCCCCCUCCUCCCUGUUACUUUUUGGUCUUUUUUUUUGGUUUGUUUUUCUUUUUGUUUUGUUUUUUUUUUUCUAUACAGUCCAGCUCCUGUAUUUUUCAGUUCAGCUGCGGGCUCCUUCCUAAAGAGAAUAAAGGUCACAAAGUGCUGUGUGGUAUCUGGAGUGCUUUGAGCCUGCUGGGAAUGAUUCCCCCUGCCUUUUCUGCACCAUUUUUACAGCAUUAUUCCCUUAUUUAGGAUCGCUGUCACUUUCAGUCCCCCUGUUUUCCCCCCGGUGCUCCAAGCACCGCAGGGCUGUGGGGGGAUCCUACGGGCCUUUCACGACACCCCGCGGCACUUUACGGCAUUGAGCUUCACGGCACCCCGCGGCGCUUUACGGCAUUGCGCCUCAGGACGCCCGGCGACGCUUAAUUGUCCGGCGCCUCAGGACACCCGGCGGCGAUUUUACGGCCUUGCGCCUCACGACACCCGGAGGCGCUUUACGGCCGGCGGCGCUUUACGGCCGCGGCCCGGUCGUGGCUGGCGGCGGUGGCGCUUUGCGGCCGGAGCGCGAUGAGUUUUUACGACGCCUUCCGCGGUUUCUUCGGCUUCCCGGGGCGCGGCAGGCCCCGGGACCCGCUGUUCGGAGCGCCGUGGGACGAGGAGGAGGAGGAAGAGGAGGAAGCCGAGGGCCCCCCUGGGCCGCGCCCCCCCGAUGAUUUCGCCUUCGGCUUCGGCUUCAGCCCCGGCGGCGCCUUCGAGGAGCUGCUGCGGGACAUGGGCGAGCUGCUGGGGGCCUUCGGGGGGGGCUGGGCCGGGCUGCCCCCGUCCUUCGGCGGGGAGCGGGGUUGGGGGGGGCCCGGCGGAGCAGCCAGGCCCGGGCUGACCCCGGCGCUCCCCUCUGAGCCCCCCCUGCCCGGCCACGGCACGGGGCGGCCGCUGCGCGACUCCAUGCUGAAAGAGCCCGAGGGUCCGGCCCGGCAGUGGGAGCCGCGCCCGGCGCUGGAGGAGCCCCCGCCGCCCUCCCCGGGACAAAAGGAGGACCGCGAUUUGGACUCCCAGGUGUCCUCGGCGGGGCUGGGCACCAUCCUGCGGCCCCGGCAGCCGCGUUCCUACUUCCAGAGCGUCUCGGUCACCACAGUGACGCUCCCUGAUGGAGCAGUGGAGGAGCGCCGCACGGUGCAGGACAGCCAGGGCCACCGUGAGACGACCAUCACCCGCCGGAGGGGGGACCAGGCCUUCAUCACCACCACCAAGGAGGACGGGCAGAGCAAAGACUACCGGGAGGAGGUGCUCAACAUGGAUGACAGGGAGCUGGCCCAGUUUGCAGGCACGUGGCCGCAGCGUGAUGAGCUCCUCAGCCCUCCCCAGAGCUCCUCAUCCCUGCUGGGCAGCUUCUUCCGCCGCUGGUUCUCCAGCUGGUAGCUGCUUGAGGAGCACGGGGCGGGGGAUGCCCUGAUGUGUGGGGGUGCGUGGCAGCCCCCUCUCAUUGCCCCCCGGUCCUGCUGGGACGCAGGGGCUGGGAUGGGGGCUGCCCCCCGCUUCGGCGCCCCGCUGCGUUGUGAGGGUGAAGCGUGCGUAUGUGUACAGAGAAAUAAAGUCUAUUUAUGCUAA